AUGGUUCUCUUUGGUAUAUUGAUGAUUCUCAACGUUCGUAAUAUUCGCAAUCGUGUUGUUCCGCAAUUCAUCAAUGCACGAAAUGAACGUUUACGUGCAAACAAUCGUCAAAUGAUUAUAAUGCUUUCAUUUCAAGUGUUGACCACUACCGUGUUCUCGACUCCUUUCGCUGUUACCAAUCUAUACGCUACAAUAGUUAUAACUAUUCUUAAAUACAAAUUAUCAGCGACUGGCAAUGCUAUUUACAACAUUAUAUCGAAUCUUUCUCGAUUACUUUAUUAUACCAAUCCCAUUAUUGGAUUUUAUAUUUAUACUCUUACUGGACCCAAAUUUCGCAAAGAAAUGAAACGAUGUGUUCGAUAUGGAUUGAAAUUUGCUUUAAUAAUAACUGGUUUAAAACAAUGUUUGUCGUUGAGAAUUCAACAAGAGUUAUUCGAUGAGAAUCAACUGGGUACUAUUGAUGAUUCAUUGGAAUUACGUAGAAGAGGAAAUACUAUUCACCCUAUUCAACGUCAGCGGACAAUGACGUAA